UUUUUUGAAGCUUGAAAAGCUCCCCCCACCAUCACAUCAGAAAGUCAGCAAAUCGACAAGGAGUCCCAGUCCUCGAGGCCGAGUACCUGUUUAACACCUGUGACCACGACGGACUCACCUUGGUGACGAGUUAUAUCGAGUAGUCUGACAACCCUCCCGGCUUGGUCAAAAUGUCUUUCGGGGGUCAAACACCCACCAUCAUCGUCCUGAAAGAGGGCACCGAUACAUCGCAAGGAAAGGGACAGAUAAUAUCCAACAUAAGCGCGUGCCAGGCUGUGCAAGCUACAAUCAAGUCAACCCUCGGUCCCUAUGGCGGGGAUCUGUUGAUGAUUGACGAGAAUGGCCGCCAGACCAUCACAAACGACGGCGCCACUGUAAUGAAGCUUCUCGACAUCGUUCACCCCGCCGCCCGAAUCCUCGUCGACAUUGCUAGAUCACAGGAUGCAGAGGUUGGAGAUGGAACCACAUCGGUGGUCGUGCUAGCUGGAGAAAUCUUGAAAGAGAUCAAGGAACACGUCGAGCAAGGUGUUAGCUCACAAGUCAUUAUCAAGGGCCUGCGGAGAGCGUCAACGAUGGCUGUCAACAAGAUCAAGGAGAUUGCCGUAAGGACAGAUGAAUCGAACCAGCGAGAAACGCUCGGCAAGCUGGCUGGAACAGCGAUGACGAGCAAAUUAAUCAAGAGGAACACUGAAUUUUUCACCAAAAUGGUCGUCGACGCUGUGUUGUCAUUAGAUCAAGAUGACCUCAACGAAAAGCUCAUUGGCAUCAAGAAGAUACCCGGCGGCUCCCUGACGGAUUGCCUUUUCAUCAAUGGUGUUGCCUUUAAAAAGACUUUCUCCUACGCUGGUUUCGAACAACAGCCCAAAUCUUUUACAAAACCUAAAAUUCUAUGCUUAAACGUUGAACUCGAAUUGAAGGCAGAGAAAGACAAUGCUGAGGUCCGAGUUGAGCAAGUCUCGGAAUACCAGGCCAUUGUCGACGCUGAGUGGCAGAUUAUCUACAAGAAAUUAGAGGCCGCAUACAACACAGGAGCAAAGGUUGUGUUAUCUAAACUACCCAUUGGUGAUUUAGCGACUCAAUACUUCGCUGACCGUGAUGUCUUCUGUGCCGGCCGUGUUUCAUCAGAGGAUAUGGAGCGUGUAGUUCAGGCCACAGGCGCCACGGUUCAGUCAACAUGCUCAGAUAUCCUACCACACCAUCUUGGUCUGUGCGGAUCAUUCGAGGAACGACAGAUUGGCGGUGAACGUUUCAAUUUCUUUGAAGACUGUCCCGAGGCUAAGACUUGCACCCUCGUUCUUCGUGGCGGGGCUGAGCAGUUUAUUGCAGAAGUGGAACGAUCUCUCCAUGACGCAAUCAUGAUCGUAAAGCGUGCUGUUAAGAACCAUACGAUUGUGGGUGGCGGCGGUGCUUGCGAGAUGGAGGUAUCUGGGUAUCUACACCGCUUCGCGGAUAAAAACGUCCGCGAUAAGCAGCAGGGUGUUAUUAAGUCCUUUGCAAAGGCCCUCGAGGUCAUCCCACGUCAGCUGUGCGACAAUGCCGGCUUUGAUGCUACCGAUAUCUUAAACAAGCUGCGUGUAGAACACCGAAAAGGACGUACUUGGGCGGGUGUCGAUUUCACCAACGAAGGCGUUGCAGACAUGAUGGAGAAAUUUGUAUGGGAGCCGGCCCUCGUCAAGAUUAACGCCAUUCAGGCUGCUACCGAGGCUAGUUGUCUGAUUCUGGGCGUGGACGAGACAAUUCGGAACGAAGAGAGCGCCCAACCUCAGGCUCCAGGCAAGCCACUACCCCCUGGAGCUGCCCAAAGAGCUUUGAGAGGACGUGGACGGGGCAUGCCGCGCCGGUGAGCACAAUAAGAAGACUAGCUCGGGAAUCUGACAUAAUAAUGUCUUGUAUGAUAUCUAAAAAGGCUCGUCGGCUAGACUCACGUAUUGGCAAUUUUAGAUGACGUACAAAUCGUCUAAUGAAAGUACGAAACGGUAU